AUGACACAAGAGGACCAUAGUGGCAGACGCCUCGCGCGGGCGGAAGCCUCGGCUCGCCACUACGGACACAAACACGGAGUCUUCUACGUGGACGCCUCCGGCCCGUACCAUGGGGGUUGGUACACGGCCGCAGUCGUCCACCAAAACACAGCAGUAAACAGACUCACUUUCCGUGCACACAACGUUACACACGCGGAGGUGGUUGCCAUCGCGCUAGCCGCCGCAGAUCAACACUCGCGGGUCAUCAUCACCGACUCGAGGGGUGCUUGCCGCAAUAUUGAGCAGGGGCACAUACCGUACCUCGCCUACAAAAUUUUGCAAAACAGCGACUAUCUCGGUGCCUCCUCGCACCGUACGAUUAUCUGGACUCCCGCUCACACGGGCCUCGAAGGAAACGAGACGGCCGAUGCCGUCGCCCGCGCGCUCACUUUCCGGGCAUCACCUUCGUCCCCCACCGAUCCGGACCCCGAGCCCAAUCCCGCCUAUACUUUCAAAGAGAUCGUUCAGCUCUACCAAUCUGGCCAUGCCAUCUAUCCCAAUCCCUGUAAGGGCCUCACAAAGGCGGAGGAGCGCAUUCUCCUUCGCCUUUAUACCAAAACUCUGCUGUGCCCGGCAGCCUUAAAAUAUUUUGACCCCGCUUGCACGGGGGAGUGCCCGCACUGUGGGGAAAAGUCCUCAGACAUUUUUCACAUGGUAUGGGCAUGUCAAAAAACCCCAAAUCUAACCCCCCUACCCAACCCUUCCCGGGAGGACUGGGAGGCAGCCCUGCUCGGCUGCUCUGACCUGACGGCCCAACGGGCCUUGGUCGAGCGGGCCCGGGUGGCGGCCGACGCCAAUGGGCUCCCAUAA